GAUUUUUUGUUCCAGCAGACAAUGUUGAGAGUAAAGGAUCCUAAGAAGUCACUGGAUUUUUAUACAAGAGUUCUUGGAAUGACACUGCUUCAAAAAUUUGACUUUCCUACUAUGAAGUUCUCGCUCUAUUUCUUGGGAUAUGAAGAUAAAAAUGAUAUCCCGAAAGAUAAAACUGAGAGAACAGCUUGGACCUUCUCUAGAAAAGCUACACUUGAACUGACACACAACUGGGGCACUGAAAAUGAUGAAAAUCAAUCUUAUCACAAUGGCAAUUCAGAUCCCCGAGGAUUUGGACACAUUGGAAUUGCUGUCCCCGAUGUCUAUAAAGCUUGUAAGAGGUUUGAAGAACUAGGAGUGAAAUUUGUGAAGAAACCAGAUGAUGGUAAAAUGAAAGGACUUGCAUUUGUUCAGGAUCCUGAUGGCUACUGGAUUGAAAUUUUGAAUCCCAACCACAUGGUGACUCUCACUUAGUUCUGUUGAAGUGUAUUACAUAAGAGAUGCGCACUUUCAGUCCCCUGGAGAAAAUCUGCAUUUGUGAAAUUCUAGCUUAAUGGAGAGGAAUCAGUCAUGUUCAGAGUCUCCUUUAAAGUUAUCCCCUGGGACCUCAAUGUACUUGAAUUCCUUUUUCCUUGUCCUGUGAUGCCACUGCAAUUUGCUUCCAGUUAGGAAUACUCAGCCAUCUUUUGGAAGAGCACUUACACAGAUUAUUCUCUUGAACGUGAUUAUGUUAAUAUUUCAAUGAACACUCUUGAAAGAUA